AUGUAUUACCAUUGGAUUGGUCUACGAUUAUCCAAUGAAAGUUACCACAUGAAAUUGUCUCGCCGGAAGUAUUGUUGUAACGUGUAGUAACAUUCUAACAAACAAAAUUCUGCGAAAAUAUAGCCUGGAAAAGACGAACUGUUAACUAUGGAACAGAUAGUAGAAAAACAGGUGCUUCAGGCCACUAAGGUCAUUGAACAGCAGCUGGAUGCAGAAAUCGAACGUAUGGAGAAGAUGGAUGAAGAUGAUUUUGAAGUUCUGCGCCAGAAGCGACUUGAGUCAGUUAAAAAGUCUGCCCAACAGAACCAAGAGUGGCGAGCCAUUGGCCAUGGACAGUACUCUGAAAUCUAUGAUGAAAAGGACUUUUUUGAUGAGUGCAAGAAGAGCAAAAAUGUGGCCUGCCAUUUUUACAGGGACAGUACAUUUCGAUGUAAAAUAGUCGACAAACAUAUGGCACUUCUGGCACCAAAGCAUAUGGAAACACGAUUUCUGAAGAUAAAUGCAGAAAAGUGUCCCUUUUUGGUGGAGCGACUUCGAAUCAAGGUUUUGCCAACAAUCUGCAUUGCCAGGGAUGGCAAAACGGUCGAUUAUAUUGUUGGAUUUGAUGAACUCGGUGGAACUGAUGACUUUCCAACAGAAAUGCUUGAAUGGCGUCUGGGAUGUGCAGCCUGUAUAAACUAUCAGGGAGACCUUACAAAUCCUCCAUGUGUGGAGGGGGAGAAAUCCAAGAGCAUUUUCAAAAUGGUGAAAUCGAAAAAGACAAUCAGAGAGGGUGACGACGAUAGUAGUGAUGACAAUGAUUGGUGAUUUCCUGCAAAUUGAUAAAAAGUUUUAGCACUGCCUUCAGUGUUCCAGUAACAUUGCUGUAUUGCUUUAAUACAACUGUAUCUGCAUAUGAAACUCGUACGCUUCUUGAACUGACAGUUUUCAGGACAUUAAUUUCAUUUAAUAGUUUUUAUUCCUUUUUUUUUUAAUAAUUUUUUUAUUAGGACAUUGCAACUACUUCAUUAUAUAUUUAUUUUGCUUGUAUUUAUACUUCAAUGUAUGUGUAAUUAAAACUAAAAUGUCA